AUGGGGGGCAAAUCCGGCACCAAGGCAGUCUACUUCGACAAGCUGAAGGGCUUGCUCGACGAGUACAAAUCUAUCUUCAUCGUCAGCGUCGACAAUGUCUCUUCGCAGCAGAUGCACGAGAUCCGUCACUCUCUCCGAGGCGAUGCGGUGGUAUUGAUGGGCAAGAACACCAUGGUUCGUCGUGCGCUCAAGGGUUUCGUCGCCGACAACCCGGAAUACGAACGUCUCCUCCCGCACGUCAAAGGAAACGUUGGCUUCAUCUUCACUAAUGAUGACCUGAAGACCACUCGUGACAGGAUCCUGGCAAACCGUGUUGCAGCUCCUGCUCGUGCUGGCGCUGUCGCUCCUGCCGAUGUGUACAUCCCUGCUGGGAACACUGGUAUGGAACCCGGCAAGACCUCUUUCUUCCAGGCCCUCGGUGUCCCAACCAAGAUUGCUCGUGGUACCAUUGAAAUUACCACCGAUCUCAAGUUGGUCGAGGCUGGCGCAAAAGUCGGUGCCUCAGAGGCUACUCUGCUCAACAUGUUGAACAUCUCGCCCUUCACCUACGGUAUGAAGGUUCAACAAGUCUACGAGGAUGGUCAGGCUUUCUCCCCAGAUGUCUUGGAUAUCGAGGAGAGCCAGUUGUUGAAGGCAUUGUCGUCUGCCAUCGCUACCAUCACUACCAUCUCUCUGGCUGCCAACUACCCAACUCUUCCAUCCAUUAUCCACAGCUUGGUCAAUGGGUACAAGAAACUCAUCGCCGUGGCCCUCGGCAUCGACUACAGCUGGGAGUCAAUCGACGAGCUCAAGGAUCGCAUUGAGAACCCAGACAAGUAUGCCGCUGCCGCUCCUGCUGCUGCCGCCGCCACUAGCACGGAUGAUGCUGCUCCAGCUGCCGCGAAGGAGGAGGAAAAGGAAGAGGAGAAGGAGGAAAGUGAAGAUGAGGGCUUCGGUGGUCUCUUCGAUUAA